UUCUUCUGAUGUGGUGCAGCCACGUCUGGUGUAAGCUGGCCUAAUUAACGCUGCUUAGUGAUUUGAGACCCCUGUCAAAGGCCGUUACAUUAUCGAGAAACAUAAGGAGUUAAAGCUGAAGCUGUGACCUCAUCUCUAUUCAUGUUACACUGGAGUAUAAACUCCGCUGAAAGGGAUUGUUUAACCGCAUCGCCGUCUUUUCCGCUGCUAGCUGAUUUGCUUUAAUUUGGCUCGGAUAUUUAUAGCGAGCUCUUUCUGCACAACUGUUACAGGAGGGGUUGUGGGAAUACCAGGGGCAUAGGGAGCCAUGCUAAUAGCAAUUGCAUGUGGGAAGAGCUCCCACAGAAACACUGAGGCUCAAAUACGUCUCUCUACCUGAUUUCAACUUUUCAUUGCUUCCCCCGUGAAAAUCCAGGCAGCAUCUAGGAGGGCAGAAGCUCCCUGUCCUGCCCCUGGCCAGCCGUGCAGUUAUGCGGCCGUGCGUGGCGGUCCCUUCCUUCCUUAGCGCUGCGUCUCAACUGCGGAGCGCCACUGCUGUCGCUUUAAUGUUGGCACCGCGCACGUUACAAUAGGUGUCACUGUGCGGCUGGCUCCAAUCGCUGGCGGUGACUCCAGCCAUUGGCUCCGAGCGCCGGCUGACUCCAUCUGCAGGGCUGCAACACCGACUCUCUUCGGGUCCCUCCAUCGCACGAGUUGAGCUCGCUGAGCGGGCGAGCGGUGCGACAGCACGCCGCGGAGCCUCCGUCGGGAAGCUGCUGCCCUACCCUCCCGGCAGGGCGCAGCGCCUUCGGGCGGCUCGCGGUCAGGAGACCUGGAAAGAAAUAAAACUGGCUGGAAUGAUGGGGAUGUGUUUAACAAUUCGAGUACUGGAUCAAACUUAAAGGCAGUUUCUUAGUCGGUGUGCUGGAAAGGUCACCUUGCCUUGCUGGAAGAGAAACAAACUGUCAGCUCUGCUGCCCUGUGUUUAACAGCUUACAUGUGCAUUUUUUAACGUUCUUAGCUAGUGAGGCUAUCUAGCAGUACAGAUAAGUAUACUCAUGGUAGAUGAGAAAGGAAAGAACAUGAAAUGUCUCACCUUCUUCUUGAUGCUUCCAGAGACAGUCAAGAACAGGUCCAAGAAGAGCUCUAAGAAGGGAAAUAGCAGCAGCAGCAGUAGUAGCAGCAAAUUGCCUCCAGUUUGCUAUGAAAUCAUUACCUUGAAGACCAAAAAGAAGAAGAAGAUGGCUGCUGAUAUUUUUCCCCGAAAGAAACCAGCCAACACUAAUACAACUGCUGUCCAGCAGUACCACCAGCAAAAUCUCAAUAACAACAACACUAUUCCUGCACCAAACUGGCAAGGACUUUAUCCAACCAUCAGAGAGAGAAAUGCAGUGAUGUUCAACAAUGACUUGAUGGCAGAUGUUCAUUUUGUGGUCGGGCCACCAGGUGGGACCCAGCGGCUGCCAGGACACAAAUAUGUCCUGGCUGUUGGGAGCUCGGUAUUCCACGCGAUGUUUUACGGAGAGCUUGCUGAGGACAAAGAUGAAAUCCGUAUACCAGAUGUUGAGCCUGCUGCUUUUCUCGCAAUGCUGAAAUACAUCUAUUGCGAUGAAAUUGAUUUGGCUGCAGAUACCGUACUGGCCACUCUUUAUGCUGCCAAGAAGUACAUCGUCCCUCAUCUUGCCCGUGCCUGCGUUAACUUUCUAGAAACAAGUCUAAGCGCAAAGAACGCCUGCGUGCUGCUUUCCCAGAGCUGCCUGUUCGAGGAACCUGACCUGACCCAGCGCUGUUGGGAAGUGAUUGAUGCCCAAGCCGAGCUAGCUUUGAAGUCUGAGGGCUUCUGUGACAUUGAUUUUCAGACGCUUGAAAGCAUUCUCCGAAGGGAGACUCUGAAUGCCAAAGAAAUUGUCGUUUUCGAAGCGGCUCUGAACUGGGCCGAAGUGGAGUGUCAGCGACAAGAGCUGACGGCUACCAUAGAGAAUAAGCGCAAAGUCCUGGGGAAGGCUCUGUACUUGAUUCGCAUCCCCACCAUGGCACUCGACGACUUUGCGAAUGGCGCUGCUCAGUCUGGGAUUCUGACCCUCAACGAGACCAAUGAUAUCUUCCUUUGGUACACAGCUGCCAAAAAGCCAGAGUUGCAGUUUGUCAGCAAGCCCCGGAAAGGGCUCGUUCCUCAGCGGUGCCACCGCUUCCAGUCCUGUGCUUACCGCAGCAACCAGUGGCGUUACAGGGGCCGGUGUGACAGCAUCCAGUUUGCUGUUGAUAAAAGAGUGUUCAUUGCUGGCUUUGGGCUGUACGGCUCCAGCUGUGGAUCGGCAGAGUACAGUGCCAAGAUUGAACUCAAACGGCAAGGAGUUAUCCUAGGCCAGAACUUGAGUAAAUAUUUCUCAGAUGGUUCUAGUAACACUUUUCCUGUGUGGUUUGAAUAUCCAGUGCAGAUUGAGCCUGACACCUUCUACACAGCUAGCGUGAUUCUGGAUGGUAACGAACUCAGCUACUUUGGACAGGAAGGAAUGACAGAAGUUCAGUGUGGGAAAGUGACUGUUCAGUUUCAGUGCUCUUCGGACAGUACAAAUGGCACUGGGGUACAGGGGGGGCAGAUUCCCGAACUGAUAUUUUAUGCUUGAAUGGAAGUGUGUGGAGACAAAGCAUUUUCCUAUGAAGAACCUGCCUGGUUCAGACCUACUGAUGCUUAGCUUUCUGUCUGCAGAUACAUGAUCAGUACAGAUAAUAUGUCACAAACGCUGUGGGCAAGUUACCGGCUUGCUAUACUUGUAGCAUUGUUGGUGAUAAAGUUUAAAUGUAAUAUUCAACUUUAAACUGGAAGCUCUUUGGGAACACACAAAUGUUAAAGGCUUUAUGAGAGAGGUGCCUGUUUGCUGGUGAUGCUGAUCCUUGCUUUGAUGCACCUGUGAAUCACCAGAGGAUGCCCCCCUCUUGUAUCUCAUGGAUUCUAGGACUCCUUCCACUAAACGCUGUCUUUAUUGAUCAGUUUUCUUUCUCUGUUUCCUCCUCUCUGCUUGUAAUUAUUAGGGGAGAUAGGGGUAGAAAAUGAAAAGCCUUUUUUUAUAGUUCUCUUCUGUCUGCUCUUCAAACUUACGAGAUUCCAAUAAGCUGAGCUGCUUUUGAUCAUGGGAGCUGAAAGAAGUGCUUCAGUUGUAAACCAAAAAAAAUAUAGGUUUAUACCUUUAUCCUGUGAGAUUCUCCUGUGGCCAGCUGUUGGGAUGGCUGCAGGGGAAGAGGAGACAGUGAGCAGCUUUCAGGAAGCCACUCAGCAUGCUGACCGCAGUGCAUGGACAUGUUUACAGUGAGGAAGGGGUCUGGGCUUGGCAGCUUACCCUCAGCGUUCAUCUUCUAGGAAACCCACCUACAAGGCAAGGAAGUACUUGAACAUGUUCAAAUUGUAUAUGCAGGUUUAAGCCUCUACUCCCAUGACCUAAUUUUGCUACAUUGAAGUUGAUUUGCUAUUUAAAUAGAUUUUCUUUGAACCCACGCUGAAUAAAUGGGGGUUAAUAUCUAGAAUUCAAUGCAGGACCGUUCUGUUUGGCUUUGGUUUUGUUCUUAUUUCUUCCUCCUAAAUGUUACAGAGACAGAUUGUAGAGGAACAAAAGAAUGUACCAAUCCUGACUUGGACUUUUUUUUCCUGUAAUAUGAGCUUUCUUCUUUUUAUAACCAUACAUUAUCAGUGGAAUUUAGACAAAGACAAGAAGAUUCCCAACUGUGAUCAUAUUACAGUUAGCCUAUAUCAUCAGAUAAAAGUCAGGAGGAGAAAGUCUUCUCUAAUGUGCUAAUGAUGGACCUCUUGCAACUGUCUAUAGUCAAACAUCAAUCAGGGGAUUAUGCAGUGUGGAACCUUUCCCUUAUCUGAAUUCUUUCUCAAGCUUCCUGUCAUAUGUCUGCAUCAUUUCUGGAAAAGCAUUAGGGAUCACAACUCUAUCAGGGAAGGAAAUCAGUGUAAAUAAGAGAUACAGGUACUAUUUAAACAUGAGAAAAUCUUUCACCCUUGCAUUGUGACAGUUGCAUCUCAAAGGGACACUACCUAUUGUAAUGUAUGUCAUUCUUAUUUCAUCUCUGAAGUGGGUUCUUUUUGUUGUGUACGUUUUAAGAAAAUGAGAGGACCAAAUGAUUCUCUGGACAGUCUCAAGGUUAAUGUUAUAUUAUAUCAACACAUUAAUGUAGCAUAACCCUAUAUUCUCUUGUCAGUUUUUUAAUAAAAAUGUUUUCCCAUAUGAUCUCUUACCAGUUCGAUACUAUUACUUUUAGGUGUUUCUUGACAGUUGAAACCCUGGCCUUUGGCCGUCAUAAAGUGCCAAUACAUCUUUGCAGUGUCCAAAACACCAUCCAAGGUAAGGAAAACAGGAGUAUAGACAUCAAAUACAUUAUGGCCAAAGCUCAGCUCUUCCCUUCCCUCUAGGUAAUAAAGGAGAGCCUUGAUGAAGAGGCAGAUGAAGAACUGCUUACAAGUUCUAUGCUUUUUACCCAUCUUAGUGUUUAAUGUUUUAUAUACAUACAUACAUAUAUGUGUGUGUGUAUGUGUAAGCAACAUUCUUUCUGAAAUGUAAAUACCCUCAAAAUACAUAGAAAACGUUUUGGCUUUUUUUUUUUGUAACAGAUGUACAUAAUCCAGACUGUUAGUGAAAUCUAAGCAGAAUGCUCCAUGGAAAACUCCCAGAGAGAUUUAAAAAAAAUCCCUAGUUAAUUAUAUUUAGAUGUGCAGCCUAAAUUAAACAGGAAUACAGUUGCAUGGACUGGAGGAAGAGUUGAAGAGACUGCAGAAAAGAAUCUAAGCUUGUUGAGAAGUAACGGUCAUCUACUUGUAGACAACGUUUUGAGCAGCAGUUCCGUUUACUUAAAUACAUUUGGAAGCAGAGCAAGACACUAAUCAGCUGAUUAAGUUUUCUUACAGUGAGAGGUUGACAUAGAUGUAAUCAUUCCGAGUGAUUAUCAGACUAACAAGUUGCUUGCAGAAGCAAGCUGCAUUCUGAGUUGUUCAGGGGAAAAAGCAGGUGCCUCAGCUGGUGGGACAAAUCAGUACUGCACUGGUAGAGCUAAACUCUGGUUCUCACUUGUUUUUUGUUUAUCUGCAACUAAAGGUAAGCUAUCCGCUACAGUGGCUGGAACAGAUAGGAGAUCAGAAUACUGUAUAGCUGUAACAUGUAGAAGAUGAGCUAUUAUUUUUAUUUGCUGGUUUUGUUAAAUCUUUUUGACAAAGUAGGAUCAAAGCUACCUAUAGCUUAAUUCCUCUGAGUCCUUUCCAGGUUUUAGGAGCUGCUGCAUGUAAAGUUUUUUUGUUUUGUUUCCUUUUAUGUGGAUGAAUAAAUAAAAGGACCACAGAACACCUUUUGAUGCCUACAAUGCAGCUUGACUCUGAGCCCUGCUUGAUGCUGACAGGUACUGCCAUAUGAGAAGGUGACUACUUCCAGUCACCUUAGACAUCAGGGCACUUAAAUAGGUGUGAAUUUGGUCAGUUUAGCAGUAGUAUCCGAGCUUGAACACAUUGAUACGGCUGAUGCUUGCAGAACAUCAACCUGGCAUGUAAGCAUAAUGUUAAUGCAGAGAAUUUCCUAGGUUGUCUUAAGCUGUACCCAGCCACCUCUGCUAAUUGUACGUUUGAUUUUCCUGGUGAUGGGAAUCUGUGAUAGAGAGUAUAAUGUAAUAUACUUUCUGCAUAUCUAAAAUAGUAUUUAAGUAAGCAUUUUAAUUUCUACAUCCAUAUUGCACUGAACUGUUUUGUUGUUUAGUUUUUUUCUCUUUUUUUUUUUUUUUGUAAUUAAAUACAGCUAACUUCAGAUCACAGCACUCAUUUGUGCUGAAGCAGUGUUUGACCUUAGCAGGCUUACAGCAUUAUUUAUAAAGGACAGAUAUAUAAAUAUGAAGUACCUCAUGUUGAAUGUUAUUGUACUGUAUCUUUAAUGUCACAGUGCAGAUCUUGUUGGACUCAUGAAUGUGUAUAAUCGCGUUAAACAUACAAAUAAAAAUGGUUCUUAAAUGGUUGUUU